AUGUCCUACUACUUCUGCAUUGUCGGCACGCGAGACCAACCUCUCUUUGAGCUCGAGUUUGGCACUUCCAAGCAAGGCGGAGAUGGUGUCGCCCGAUUCAGUCAAGAGGCACGACAUAUGAACCCUUUCAUUGUACAUAGCAGCUUGGAUUUCGUGGACGAGCUGCAAUGGACCAACAAUCAGAUGUAUCUUAAACGCAUCGACCAAUUUGCCUCCUCCCACAUCUCCACCUUCUUAACUCCGACCUCCACCCGCUUCAUGCUGCUCCACCUUCCCCACCCUCCCAACACAGCCCCUACCUCUCAACCCAUGCCAAACAGCUUCCCACCUUUCACGCCCUACACUUCCGUCCCGCCUUCUACCAGUACCGCCAGUCGUGGCACUUCGUCCUCAAGUAGCACCAGUAUACCGAACAAUCCCACCAGUCCGCAGACAGAAGAGGCGAUAAGACAGUUUUUUGGAGAGGUCUUUGAGGUCUGGCUGAAAGCCAUUAUGAAUCCGUUCGCCAGUACCGAGAGCAAGAUCGGGAGUCCUGUGUUUAAGCAGAGGGUCGUGGCGGCAGGGAGGAAGUAUUUGUGA